ACCGAGGGAGGAGGCGGCCACACCACACCCCGUCGCCGGCGUCCACCUCCCCCUUUCUCCUUCCUCGGGUGGCGGUGGCUGCACUCCGCAGAGAGCCGGCUGGAGCCGAGACGCCCGCGCGGCGCAGCAGAUUGUCUUGAGAGCACUGGGCAUUGCUCAUCCUGAAGAUCAGGUGACUGUUGAUAGCAGCCAUGUCAUCAAGACCUUUUGAAAGUCCACCUCCUUACCGACCUGAUGAAUUCAAACCCAGUCAUUAUGCACCAAGCAAUGACAUUUAUGGUGGAGAGAUGCAUGUGCGACCAAUGCUUUCUCAGCCGGCCUAUUCUUUCUACCCAGAAGAUGAGAUUCUUCACUUCUACAAAUGGACUUCUCCUCCUGGAGUGAUUCGGAUUCUGUCUAUGCUCAUUAUCGUGAUGUGCAUUGCCAUAUUUGCCUGCGUGGCCUCCACACUUGCCUGGGACAGAUAUGGAACUGGCAUACUGGGGGGUGGGAUAGGCUAUCCUUACGGAAAUGGCUAUGGAAGCAGCUAUGGCUAUGGUUACGGCUAUGGUUACGGCUAUGGUUAUGGCUAUGGAGGAGGCUAUACAGAUCCGAGAGCAGCAAAGGGCUUUCUGCUGGCUAUGUCUGCCUUUUGUUUCAUUGCUGCUUUGGUGGUAUUUGUUACCAGCGUGAUAAGAUCAGAAAUAUCCAGAACAAGAAGAUAUUACUUAAUGGUCAUCGUAGUGAGUGCUGUCCUGGGCAUUAUGGUGUUCAUUGCAACAAUUGUCUAUAUAAUGGGAGUCAACCCCACUGCACAGGCUUCUGGAUCUAUCUACAGUUCUCAGAUAUACACCCUCUGCAACCAGUAUUACACAUCUGCAGGCUCUACACUCUACGUGGAUCAGUAUUUAUAUCACUACUGUGUGGUGGAUCCCCAGGAGGCUAUUGCCAUUGUCCUGGGGUUCAUGGUCAUUGUGGCUUUUGCUUUAAUAAUUUUCUUUGCUGUGAAAACUCGAGGAAAGAUCGAUCGGUAUGGCAAGUCAAAUAUUUUAUGGGACAAGGAACAUGUUUAUGACGAGCAGCCCCCUAAUGUCGAAGAGUGGGUUAAAAACGUUUCUGUGGGCACACAAGACAUGCCUCCCCCACUCUCUGACUAUGUGGAGACAGUGGAUGGUCCCAUGGCAUACUCUGUCAAUGGUAAAUUGAACAACAAGCAGCAGUAUCCAGAGUCUUCCUAUAAAUCAACACCGGUGCCUGAAGUAGUUCAGGAGCUUCCACUGACUUCACCCGUGGAUGACCUCAGGCAACCUCAGUACAGCAGCAGUGGUAACUUUGAGACACCCUCAAAAAGGUCUGCCAUGAAGGGAAGAUCAGGAAGGUCAAAGAGAAUGGAGCAAGACCAUUACGAAACAGACUACACGACUGGUGGCGAGUCCUGCGAUGAGCUGGAUGAGGACUGGAUCAGGGAAUACCCACCUAUCACUUCAGAUCAACAAAGACAACUCUAUAAGAGGAAUUUUGACACUGGCUUACAGGAGUACAAGAAUUUACAAGCAGAACUUGAUGAGGUCAAUAAGGAACUCUCUCGUCUGGAUAAAGAAUUGGAUGACUAUAGAGAAGAAAGUGAAGACUACAUGGCUGCUGCUGAUGAAUACAAUAGACUGAAGCAAGUUAAAAGAUCUGCAGAUUAUAAAAAUAAGAGAAAUUAUUGCAAGCAGUUGAAGAGCAAAUUAUCACACAUCAAGAAGAUGGUUGGAGAUUAUGACAAACGGAAAACAUAGAAGGCAGAUAAUCCACAUUGUUUGAGAUUAAGAAGAAUCUGACAUCUCUUCAUUAUCAUCAGAAGGCAAAAUGACUUUGGACAGUAACCUGGGAGGCCAAACCUUUGUGAUCAUUACAAAGUUUUGGUAGUUUUAUUAUCAUCAAUUCAAUUAUCAGUAUUGAAGUAUUUUAUAAAUAGCUUUUGUUGAUCAGUUAGCCUGAGCACUCCAAUAAAGGAUUUUUUGCUUUGAUCAUUGGUUUUUGCAAUAAGACCAACUGUAUUUUGAGGUUUUUUAACCUUUAAGGAAAGUCCUGGAGUGAAUUGUGCUGUCAAGUUUCACAUUGUAGAUGAUGAUGUCUUAAUACAAAAAUGAUCUCA